AUGUUGCUCAGUAUUGAACUGAUCAAAGGUGAAGGGACCCUUCUGGAUCUGCAGAAAGUAGGAUCCCAGGAUAUCAGCCUCUCCUACAACGCCCCGGGCAAGGACAGUGGGCUCCUGGUCUUCAAGGACAAAGUUGGGAGUUACUCCCUGUACAUCGGAAGAACCAAAGCCACCUUCAAAGUGACCGAGACGGCCCCCAGCCCCGUGCACAUCUGUACCAGCUGGGAGCCCUCCACUGGCAUCACCGAGUUUUGGGUCAAUGGGAAGCCGCUGGUGAAAAAGGGUCUGAAGCAGGGUUACACGGUAGGAGGUCACCCCAAGAUGGUCCUGGAUGCCUACGGACGGGGGUUUCAGAAGGCCCAGUCCUUGGUGGGGGAGAUCGGGGACUCGUACACAUGGGACUCUGUGCUGUCCCCAGAGCAGAUCCUACUGGUGCAACAGAGCUCCCACCUGAAUCCCAACGUCCUGGGCUGGUGUGUGCUGGCCGAUGAGCUGAAAGGGCACGUCGUCAUCAAGCCCCUGGUGUGGAGCUGA